ACGACCCCCGGCUAAGCCCCGGACUUCCGGUUUAAAGCUCCUCUGUUGACUGGUAGAAAAGGGGGAAUGAGGUCCUCGGGAAGAUAAUAACAAAACUACCCAAUGAAACAGGAAUAAAAGUUCACUCAAAAUGAGCUGGAUUCCCUUCAAGAUUGGACAACCAAAGAAGCAGAUUGUCUCUAAAACCGUUGAAAGAGACUUCGAGCGAGAAUAUGACAAGCUCCAAAAGCUGGAGGAUCAGACGAAAAAGCUUCACAAGGACAUGAAGAAAAGCACUGAGGCUGAUUUAGCCAUGUCCAAAGCAGCAGUGAAGAUCUCUGUAGACCUGCUGAGUAACCCGCUCUGUGAACAGGACCAGGCCUUCCUGGAGUCCAUGACCGCUUUGGAUACAGCCAUGAGAAGGAUGGAUGCCUUCAACCAGGAGAAGGUCAACCAGAUACAGAAGACUGUUAUCGACCCUCUGAAAAAGUACGGCGGCGUCUUCCCCAGCCUCAACAUGGCAGUGAAGCGCCGGGAACAGGCGCUGCAGGACUACAAGCGGUUGCAAUCCAAAGUGGAGAAGUACGAAGAGAAAGAAAAAACCGGGCCCGUUAUGGUCAAACUACAUCAGGCCAGAGAGGAGCUCCGACCGGUCAGGGACGACUUCGAGGCCAAGAACAAGCAGCUGCUGGACGAGAUGCCCAAGUUCUUCCACAGCCGCAUCGACUACUUCCAGCCCAGCUUUGAGGCUCUCAUCAGGGCGCAGGUUGUCUAUUUCACCGAAAUGUACAAGAUCUUCAGCGAGUUAACAGACCAGAUCGACCAGGCAGGGCUGACUGAUGAGCAGAGGGAGAGGGAGACAGAGGCCAAGCUCAGCGAGUUGCGUGCUCUGUCCAUUGUCGCCGACGACUGAGGGAGGAAAAACCGAAAACCGGGAAGGGCUCCUUUCAUGCCUCUCUGAAUGGACUGCACUCUUUUCAGGCUUCUCCGUGCAGUUCAAACGGACAGCAGCGGCCUUAACCUGAUUAUCAGAUUGUUUCCUUGCGGCCUCAUCACUCCCCCUAUUCCUCUUGCACUACACUCCCCGUGUUUCAUUCUCUCUGCAGAGACUCCAAGCAGCUGAAAUGCCACAUUAACUAAGCCAUCAGCCAAGUGCAACAUUAUAAGCCAAUAUGUUGUUUUUUUUUAGUGAAGGAAUCAAACGGUUCUCGUCAGAACUAAUUAACCAGGGUUACACUUCUUGGUUUCAGCGACGUCUAUAAGCAUUUGUUUCUAAAGCAGGAAAUGAGCAAGGAAAUGUUUUUAUUAGUCACAUCUGCAAAGCUAUCUGUAGUUUUUUUAUGACCCAACUUUGAAAUGACAAACAAUACAAGCUGAAUGUUAUGUAACGUACUGUAGGUUGCCGGCAAGAAAAUGUACUUCUGUGUUUUUGGCCUUCGCUGGUCUAAGUUUAGCUCUGUGCCAUGUUGUGUGAGGGCUUUUUUAAUUGGGGGUUUACAGGAUGAUAUUGGUAACAUCACCUGUGCAUAAUGUGCCUACGUUGUCCUGACUGUGGAUGUAACAUGAAAAACUAACUCGUGUGAAGUGAGAUUGUGCCUGUGCAGCGGUGUUGAAAGGUCGACCACUCAGGCUGCGGAGAGAACAAGUCGCUGAUGGAGUCUCAUCACUGUCCAAAACAAAGGCUGGUGCUCCCUCUAGUGGAUCGUACUAAUGAUGACACGCCGUUUUCUUUUAUUCACAGCAUCCAUCCUUUGUUGUAUUGUUGGUGGUUCUGUCUGUUAACAAAGAGCCUCACACAUUGUUGUCACUCGAGAGAAAGUAUUUUCUCCUUUACCUUCUAUACCAGGGUUGGAGGCCAACUUCUUUUGGCCUUUCUUUUGAUUUUGGACCAAAUCAUACUGUCAUUGCACUCCUUUGUUUCCACCUUCAUCAGGUACUGCCUCAGUAUGAUCGACACGCUCUGGUUAAAGGGGCUACAUGGUGAUGUACACACACUGAUUGCUCCCAUGUCAAGUUAGUAGAUUUUUUUUUUUUUUUUUUUUAAAGGUGUCAUAAGAAGUUGAGUAUUUAUUCUUUGAAAUUAUUGAAACAAAUGCUUAGUUGAUUUACUGUCUUUGUGUUCUGUUUGAGUUACACGUUUGUAUUAAUGAAGGUUUUUCUAAAUAAUAAUGUUAAAGUGGUAGCUUUUUAACACAAUAAGUGGAUACUUUAACAUUAGAGUGGGUUUUAAUUUAAGUUUUUGAAAUGUAUUAACACAAUGUUUUUCAGCCAUCAUCUCAAUGUAUAGUAAAUCAUGGAAUAAAUUAACUCUGUUAAUCAUGU